CCUGAAUCCCAGCAUGUGACUGCGUAACUUCCACGUUGUUUGCCUACUGGUCGUUCUCAGAUGUCAAGAAAAGGAAAAACCCCAACUUCCUUGUUACCGGCUCAGAGCUCUAAAAGAAAAGUCUGUCUGUGACACAUUCACAACCUGAACAGAUCGCACACAGUUCACAUUUAGACGGACGUUGGAGGAUUUUGAACCCUUGAAGAGCGCAGGUAGAACAUGCAUGUGCUGCACAGACAAAGAAGAGAUGAACGCUGAUGUCACUGCUUUCCCAACUGCAAACCCCUGGAGUCAAAUCCCCAGCACAACCUGUGUGAACAUCACAGACACCACAGCUGCUGCAUGGCUCUUCUCCUCACGACUUCCAGCCCAAACCUCCGUCUGUUCCGCCUGUGAGACAAUGGAGCCUGAUGAGCGCUGCUGCAUGGCCCUGGAGGAUCCUGACCCGUCCACGGACCCGCAGAACCUGGAGGCCCAGCUGGACUUUUUCCACAAGCUGGGGUACUCCACAGCCCAGGUUCAGGCCGUUCAACAGAAGUUUGGCCCCCACACUGACACAGAUAAGAUGCUAGGGGAGCUGGUGAAGAUCGGGGCCAGCCUGGAGGCCAAGCGGGACUCGGUGACCACCAUGACCGUGCUGGUUCCUAGAGGGGACCUUCAGAGCGUGAACCCGGCCCUGCUGCUGCCUGUCAGCCAGAGCGGAGACGAGGUUAAUGACGAUGAAGACGCCCUCAGACCUAUUGUCAUAGAUGGAAGCAAUGUGGCUAUGAGCCAUGGGAACAAGGAAGUGUUCUCUUGUCUGGGAAUCCAGUUGGCUGUGAACUUCUUCCUGGACAGAGGCCACACGACUAUCACGGUGUUUGUUCCUUCAUGGAGGAAAGAGAAGCCCAGGCCAGAUGUCCCCAUCACAGAUCAGCACAUUCUGCGAGACCUGGAGAGGAAAAAGAUUCUUGUAUUCACACCGUCAAAACGCGUUGCAGGCAAAAGGGUGGUCUGUCAUGACGACCGCUACAUCGUCAAAUUAGCGUACGAGUCCGACGGCAUCAUUGUAUCCAACGACAUGUACCGAGACCUGCAGGGAGAGAAACCAGAGUGGAAACGUUUCAUUGAGGAGCGGCUACUCAUGUACUCGUUUGUUAACAAUAAGUUCAUGCCUCCUGAUGAUCCCCUGGGACGCCAUGGACCGACACUAGAAAACUUCCUACGGAGGUUUCCAAAGACGCAGAAAAAACAGCCAUGUCCUUAUGGAAAGAAAUGUACCUUUGGAAUUAAAUGUAAAUACUACCAUCCGGAGCGAACCAAACAGUCUAAUCAGUCUCUUGCUGAUGAGCUUCGGUCUGCCCAGAAACGAUCCUCAUCCCGCUCCAGUCCUUUGCCCGGUCAGAGCCUGUCUUUGGUCGAGGACAUGGCGAAGAAGCUGACGCUGGACAAUGGCUCCCUGAAGAAAGAUCACAAAAAUGAGAGUGUAGCGCAGGUGAAGGGGAAUCAUCGCUCUAUAAAGAGAACCACACCCAAGAAGGAGAAGAGCAUCCACCAUCUUGCGUCUGAUCAUGGCUUGGUGAAGCACAGUGGUUCUCAGGAGCAGCUGGACUCUGGUUUGGGCUCCAUAGACACCCAGCCGAUGGAUCCUCAGUGGAGCGAUCACCACUAUGGGGUGACGUAUGGGGGGUGUCAGGCUCCUCACAGUGGACGGCAGCAAUUCAGUCGCCCUACAAGUGCGCCCUGUAGCUGCUGCUCACAUGCAUGUCCGUCUCAUGGGACUUUCCAGCACCACAGUAUCAGACCAACCAGCAGCCACAGCUCUGAUAUGAUGGCCUACGGUCUCCCAGCUUACACUGGAUAUAACGCCUACCCCGUCAGCGUGCCCGCUUACAGCCAGCCGACAGACUUCCAGCACAGCAGAGUCCACCGACAUCAGCAGCCGAUGUUCUGGUCUGACCCGUUUGGGGUUCACCCUCCAGCGGUCUGCGGUGUACCAGAGAAGCACUCACACUGGGAGUCUCCUCCUCAGCCAAACCCCUGUAGAGAAGAGAGGGAGGUAGUCCGUAAGAAACUCCUCGCUAUUUUCAGUGCACAACUGGUCGACACGGCCAUGGACAUGUUUCCUCAGGUGAUGGAUCCUCAGAUGCUGGCUGCUGAGAUCCUCAUGCUCCAGAGUCAGAACAGAGCUAUGAGAUAAGUCCAACGUAGUCUGAAGCCAUGUCUUUCAAUGGAGACUGAAAUGGCAGCAGAAACCAAGAUAAACAUAAGUUUGUGUAGUUUUGUAAUGUGGUAUCCACCUUUAAUAAACUAUAUUUUAAAGGUUUGAACUAUAAGCUGCCUCACACAACCAGAUAAAAGAAGAGGCAGAGUGCUGUUGAUGCAAAUUGUAUCUUUAUUACCUCCGUCAAGGAAUUUAUGUCUGUCCGUUAGUAGGAUUGAGCAAAAUCUACUGCACCAAUUCUAGUGAGAUUUGGUCAAAGAGUUGGUAAUGAACCCAUUAUAUUUUAGAGCAGAUUCAUAUUUGUUGUCUGUGGAGGGUGUUUUACUAGUCAGUUGUACUAACCAGUUGUACCCACUGUAAAUUAAGUUCUGAUUUGGUUUAAUAAUGUACUAUAAUCAGAAGAAGAGUGGAAUAUUGGCCUUGACAAAGGUCUGCACUUGCUGAGAACAUCUCGUCAAAAAUGAGGAG